AUGGGUAUCAUGGCCUUGAAAUGGCAGAUCCUCUAUGGGUCCUUAGCACGACGCUUGUUUCUUCGCGCUUGCUUGUUUGCCUCAGUUUUGGCAAUAGUUCCUCUUGUGCAGAUCGUACGCGAAGCUCGUGCAGUCGAGCCUUUCGCUGUGAAUUUUGAGGACUGCCCCUUGGAUGUUAGCUCAAACCCACUUUUGUUUAGGGUUGAUUACUUGAGACCCCUGUCCGCUCUGGUAUUCCCGCUUUUCGGGGCACUGCCGUGCAAGGACCCUGAGGAUUCAACGAUUAGGGUGUUUAGAGAGCUAAUGGAGAUGGAUUUAUUGGAUAAUGAGGCUAAAACCCUUUGCGUAGGGGUGGGAUCAGGAUCAGCCAUAUCGGCAUUGCGGGAAUUGGGGUUCUCCAAUGCUUUGGGUGUUGAUAGGCACCCGUUCUUCUCCCUUUUACGGAAACGCUUCAUUUAUGAGCUUGAUUUUAAAGAGAAUUCUUUCGAUUUUGUGUUCUCCAGAGCUCUUGAUAAAGUUUCAGUACCGGCACUCCUCAUGCUUGAGAUUGAGCGUGUUUUGCGUCCGGGUGGCAUUGGGGCUAUCCUUGUAGGUGCCCAUGAUUAUAACUCGGGUAGCUUGAUAAGGUCUGCCACCCCAGUUUCAUCUUUCUUGAAAAGUUCCAAUGUCGUUCAUGUGAGUGGUAUCAACUCUUUUACCCUUGUUGUUUUCGAGAAAAGGUUUGACACUGUUUCUUCCUUUGAGCAUUUCCGGCUCCCAGAUGAGUGCCCAUCAGUCAAAAACAACAGGCCGUUAGUGAAGAAUCUGGAGAGUCUUGUAGAGGAAAACUCUGGACAUUGUGAUACACAACUUUCAUAUUUACCCAAGUUCAUGAAUAUAUCUUCCAGAAACCGGCUAAUUUAUAUUAAUAUAGGUGCAGGGGAAUAUGUGAACUCGAGUAUUGAAAACUUGAUCAAGCCCUUCUACACAGUGAACUCUCGAACUUCUGAUAUUUAUGUCAUUGAUCAUGACACGUCUGCUCUAUCUGCUUAUGUGAGAAAACCUGGUAUCACCUUUGUUUAUCAUCCAGGCCUUGCUGGAAGAAAUGCCAUUUCUCGACCUGUUUCUGAUGAAGAUUUGAGCAUGCCAUUGUAUGCUGAAGGGUUUGAUUUUGUUCAUUGGUUUAAAGAAACAGUAGUAGCUGGGGAUUUUGUUGUCCUUAUGAUGAAUGCAAGAGAGGUGGAGUUGAAACUUCUUUUCGAACUAUUUAAGAGUGGAGCCAUAUGCCUUGUUGAUGAAAUCUUCCUCCACUGCACAGAAGGUGUAGACUGCAACACUGCUACUUGCAAAGACUGCAUGACCCUCUUCAAGGGUCUCAGAAACAGUGGUGUCUUUGUCCAUCAAUGGUGGGGGUUCUGA